CUUUAGAAAACAAUUCAAGAUGGCGGACGAAGUUGGACGAGUGUUGAUCCUGAGUUUUACUUCAAAUUUAGGGUCUUUGGAUGCUAUAAAACAAAUCCAUGGAAAUGAAGGGCUGCCGAAUCUCAUUUCGUUAUCACAACAUUUAGAUUGUUAUCCCUGGACAAUAAGUAACAAGUACUUUAAAACAGUUGUUCAUCUUUGUCACUGCAAGUCAAUGAGUUCUCUCUCAGCAGUCAAAGCCUCACUCAUGCAAAGCUCCGAGUUAUGUUUCGAAAGCAUAAUUCUAGUAUUUAAUCAAGAACAGAAGGAAAGUCUAAACGAUGCAACAACUUGGAUGGAUUACGUAGAAACUCAGAAUGCUUCAGUGCAAUUAUUGUUAAAUGCAGGAAAAGAAGAUGUUGCAGCAAACAACGAUCAAGGUUUGACUCAAAAAGAGGUCCUAGAAUGGUGCCUGAAGUACUCCUUUGAGUUAGUCGAGCUGAAACCAAAUGAGGAAGACCAGCAAGAUGCUGGGGAGUUUGGUGAACAGACAGGAUUCCCAAGAGUGAUACAAGCAUUAAACUGUGGAGAAUGGCCAAAUAUUAAACUGAGAAGUGAAAGCAAAGGAAAAAAUCAGAGUUCAAGUUCAGGAUCAUCAACAGAUGAUGCAAAAAGUAAUGCAUUAGACAGUAAAACAUGUAGCAAUGGUAAUGGUCAUGCAUGCAGUAAAACAGAUGAAGAAAAGAGCACAAGAAAACUAAUGGACUGCUCAAGAUUAACUGAUGAUGAGACAGAUCUUCUUCAGAGACUAGGCAAUGAUGAUCCAGAUGGUGAAUCAUUUGAUGAGUUGUUUACAAAGCUUAAAGACAUGAAAGACCGUGCUUCAACUCUUCCAGACGAACAGCGAAAGUCUUAUGCAGAGCAGGUUGCAAUAGCAUUUUGGAAAGCCAUGGGAGGAGAAGAAGAUGAAAUAUCUGGAUUAGAUGAUAGUGAUUAAUCACAGUAAUACUGUAAAUCUCAAGAUGUACUUGUAAAUAAUAUGUAGGAAAAAUAGAAAUUUUAAACUAGGGUUUUGUAUGGAAGGCUUUAAGACAUAAUCAUGGAAAAGAGUCGGAAUUUUACACAUUUCUUAGUGAGUACAAGAAAGAGAAGCCAUAUGAUACACAGAAAUAUGCAAUAAUGGCCUCCACUUCAUCUUGAGAAUUUAAAAAUGUGAAAACACAAGAAUGAGGCUAAUCAGUCCUCAGUUGAUUGUUCACACAAAUUUCUGUGAUUUUGAUUCCAAAUCACUGGAAUUCAAUUUUUUAAAACCAUAUCUUUUCUCAUUGUUUUAUCCAAGAGCCAUAACGGCUUAUCUAAAAAGACCACAAUUUCUAUUCACAGCGUUACAACUUUCCAAACAUACACAUUUUAUGCUUGCUCUUUCUGAUGGCGGUGUCCAAUUUUCUUAAACAUUAUUUUUUGUGUCUGAAAGUCAAUGGCAGCUAUUAUUGCAUUUGCUCUUAGGAGAUACCAAAAAAAUGUAUCAUAGUAGUACCUAUGUAAUAGAUGUCAUUAGAUAUCAUUAAACAUUAAUACCUUAUAAAUAAAUAACACACAUAUAAAUUGAGAAUCCGGGUUUUAUUUACAGAUAUUUGAAUUGGAAAAGUUAUAACUAGACAAGUAAAACUGCAUUAAUACAUCCAUCGUUUUCUGGAUUAUUGGUAACUUGUGCAUAUUUACCUAAAAUAAGAUAAGAUAAUCAAUUAAAAAGAGUACAAAAUGA